AUGUAUCGUUCACUUCCAGCUUUGGCACUAGCCUCCCUGGCUGCUGCAUCGAGCGCUGAAUUAACAUAUGAUUAUGUUAUCAUUGGUGCUGGAACAAGUGGUCUUGUCAUUGCCAACCGUCUAUCCGAGUUAAAUGUCACUGUGGCCGUGAUUGAAGCGGGUGAUUCGGUCCUAGAUAAUCCUAAUGUCACCAAUCCAUCCGGUUACGGAUUGGCUUUUGGAUCCGACAUCGAUUGGGCUUACCAAACCACCAAUCAAAAGUAUGCAGGAAACAUCACCCAAGUUAUGCGAGCCGGGAAAGCGAUUGGAGGAACUAGCACAAUCAACGGGGAUUCAUAUACUCGAGCUGAAGAUAUUCAGAUUGAUGCUUGGGAAGCUCUUGGAAACGAAGGGUGGAAUUGGGCAACUUUAUUCCCAUAUUACAAGAAAUCUCAAUCGCUUGAGAUUCCUACCACUGCUCAAGCCGACGCAGGUGCUUCAUACGAACCUUCGGCAAAUGGAUUUGAUGGGCCAUUGAAAACUGGUUGGCUCAACUCCAUGAGCACUGGUAACUUUCACACCACUUUGAAUGAUACCUAUGCUGCUCUCAAUGUUUCCUGGAACCAGGAUGUCAACAAUGGUAGAAUGGUCGGAUACAAUAUCUACCCAUCCACCUACGACAAAGUCUUGAACGUCCGUCAUGACGCCGGAAGAGCAUAUUAUUAUCCAAUCGCGAACCGUACCAACCUUCAUCUCUACCCUAACACCAUGGCUCAACGACUUACCUGGAAAUCCGGCGCUGAUACCCCUACUGCAAGUGGUGUUGAGGUUCUUGCCAUCAACUCGAGCACCCCAUAUACCAUUUCCGCCAAUUCCGAAGUGAUUCUCUCCGCCGGCGCUCUCGCAUCCCCUCUCAUUCUCGAGCUUUCCGGUAUUGGAAAUCCUUGUAUUCUGGACAAGUACAACAUCCCAGUCGUAGUUGAUCUCCCAACCGUUGGCGAGAAUCUUCAGGAUCAAACCAACACUGGCCUUGCAUACACUACUGCGGAGGGUAUCUCAGAUUUAGACUCUAUCAGCUUCGUUGCCUAUCCAUCCGCUGCGCAAAUCUUUGGUUCCGAGAUCCAGAACGUCUCUGCUCAAGUUCUCUCGUCUCUUCCUUCAUAUGCUGCUCAAGUAUCUGCUGCAUCAGGUAACAUUACCAAAGCCGCCGAUUUAUUAGAAUUCUUCAAGAUUCAACAUGAUUUUAUCUUUUCCGACUCUCAUCCAGUUCCUUUGGCUGAGGUUCUCAUCACUCCAUCUGGAACUAGUUAUAGUUCCCAGUACUGGGCCCUGUUACCCUUUGCGCGAGGAAAUAUUCACAUCACUUCUGCCGUCCCAGGUAUCCCUGCGGCUAUCAACCCAAAUUACUACAUGUUUGAUUGGGACAUCAAGUCACAAAUCAGCACUGCCAAGUUCAUCCGCUCCGUCUUCGCUACUGCUCCGCUUGCUCCUCUUGUUGGAUCGGAAACCAAACCAGGUUUGGACGAAGUAUCAGCAAACGCAACUGAAGCAGAAUGGUUCGAGUGGUUGAAAACUGUUUAUCGUUCUAACUUCCAUCCAGUAGCAACCGCUGCGAUGAUGCCAAGGGAGAUUGGUGGAGUUGUAGAUUCGAAAUUGAAGGUCUAUGGAACAGCAAAUGUUAGAGUUGUGGAUGCUAGUAUAUUGCCUAUGCAAGUUUGUGGACAUUUGGUUAGUACUUUGUAUGCUGUAGCGGAGAGAGCUGCAGAUUUGAUCAAGGAAGAUAUUUAG